GGCGAGACUCUGUGCUGGCUGCCCCGCGCCGGUUGCUAGUUACUCUCGGAAGCCUCUCCAGGGACAGCUCACCAUGCCCUGCUCCGAAAAACGAGCCUCUACCGAGUCUCCCCGUACCGGAGCUGGAGACGACGAUGCAGAAGUACCUGGCCCAGGUCGAGGCCAUAAGUCCGGCUCAUCUGGAUCGUUGUCGGAGUUUGGUUAAGUCAUUCCUAGCCGGAGCCGGUCCGAAACUCCAGCAACAUCUCCUCGAACGCAGGCAGACAACUGUCAACUGGGCAACCGACUGGUGGCUCAACGACAUGUAUCUAACAGUACCAUUGGCACUUCCGAUAAACAGCAAUCCGGGCCUCGCAGCAAGACCGAGAAGACUCACAUGUCAACGAGACGCUGCGAUCUUUCUAGCGAGAUUUCUCACAGAAUUGCUCGACUAUCAAGAAACCUUGGACAGGUCCGAGCUGGAAGUCGAACUUGUCAAAUCGAAGGAUGGCAAAUCCAUGCAACCGUUGUGUAUGGCCCAACAUUAUCAAAUAUUUAGCAUUUACCGAAGACCCGGUGAAAGUGUCGACGAGCGUGUAGUCCUGGACAGAGCGACCUCCGGUGAUCAUAUCAUAGUCGCUCAUCAUAAUCAGUUCUACAGUGUACCGGUACGCGCAUCCGACAGAGGAAGAAUCACGGAGGGUGAAUUGAUGCAACAAAUUCUAAAGAUCAUCGAAACUCCGGCAGACCCAAGAACUCCACCUGUGGGAAUUCUCACAACAGCUCAGAGGCCGGUCUGGGCGAGGGCAAGACUGGAACUCAUGAAAAACGAACAAAAUCGCCACAACCUGGAACUGUUGGAACGUUGUCUAUGCGUCGUUUGCAUCGACGAGGACAUUCUGCCAUCGACGUUCAACGAGCCACUUAGAGCCGAGGAUCGAUGGAUCAACGAUCGCGACUACGCGAAUGUUCUCCAUCACGCCAUUCACGGCGGCGGUUCGAGGCAUCUCGGUGCAAAUCGUUGGUUCGACAAGACCUUCAAUGCGAUACUAGGCAAAGAUGGAAUGUGGGGCCUCACGUAUGAACAUUCGGGCGGUGAAGCCCCGGCGAUUUUUACCGCAUUCGAAGUUCUGACCGAGAGAGUUGACGCUCUACAAAGCUCUGAAGAAAAUUUCGUACCCUCUCAUUUGCCAGCGCCGGAAAAACUGGAAUGGUUCCUAAGCGAAAAAAGCCUCAACGACAUAAGAGAGGCGAUGACGAGUUUUGACACCAUGGUGGACGAUUUGGAUCUUUGCAUCCUGUGGUUCCAGGAAUACACGAAAGAAUUCGUUAAAACUUGUCGCAUCAGUCCCGAUGCCUACAUACAAUUGGCUCUGCAAUUGACCUACUUUAGACUACACGGCCGCCUGGUUGCGACGUACGAGAGUGCUGGCAUAAGACGUUUCGCACUGGGACGCGUUGACGUCAUCAGAGCAGCGAGUCCCGAAACUCUUGCCUGGGUAAAAGCGAUGUGCCAAGGUGAUCCGGAACUCCAAGCCGCAAAUCCACCUGGCAGCACCGACCUCCAGGAUGAAGGCAUCAAAAGAGAACAGAGGAUCCGGGAACUCUUUGAUCUCGCGGUUCAACGGCAGACCAAAGAGAUGUAUGACAACAACCAUGGGUACGGAAUCGACAACCAUCUUAUGGGACUCAAAUACGCUGCGAUGGAGACUGGUGAACCGGUACCUGAACUGUUCCUCGACGAGAGUUUCAAAAUAGUCAAUCAUUUCGCUCUCUCGACGUCGCAGAUAACAACGAGGAAUGACGUCAUCGCUGGGUACGGUCCAGUCGUCCCGGACGGUUACGGGUGUGCCUACAACGUUCGCAAGAACGGAUUCAUUUUCUCAGUUUCGGCGUUCCACAGCGAUGGAAGAACGAGCGCGACGCGUUUCGCUCAGACUCUGCAAAACAGCUUGCGACAAAUGGCAGCGAUGUUAAAAAGUACGACGCAGCGAUAAUGGACGUAAAGAAUAUGAAACUCCACCGUGCGAUGAGUCGGAAUGCCAAAAAAAUGAAAUUCCAAAUUUCCGCUCAGAGUCACACUCGUAAAAAAAGACAAAAGAAAUUGACGAGAAAACAGAAGAUAUUGGAAAGAACGGAAAGUUAAAAAAAAAAAGCGAAAUCAUGCAAAAUGCUGCACGACAUACUCGCGUCAAAACGUACACGAAACUCACGAAUCAGCGGCACGCGAUGACAAUUGUGCAUUACUCAAUGAUAAACGUUAGAUAAAUUAAUUAAAUAGAAGCAAUAUUUAUCAAGAUGGUAUAACUAGACAGUUGAGUAGCGAUCGAGUCGUAAAGCAUCCUAAAGUUUGACGAAUCAAUUUAUAAAACAUUCGAUGUGACCGUUCCGGUCGAAGUGAUUGUUAGUAUCGAUAAUACGUCGCAUCACCGAGCCAUGGUCAGUCGCACUGAAUAUCCUCGCUCGGUCGAUAAAGUAAAACAAACGCUUGUGUCCUCGCAAAUCUAGCAUAUAAGUGUCCUCUGCUUCUCGAUUAUCGAUUGUUCACAACGAACGAGUAGUGAAAAUCGAUACGAGAUUAAAGUUCUCUGCAUACUAGUCAAUAAUACACGGGUGAGAAGGCGAAAUUGAGACCACGUGAUCUUCGAUUUAAUUCAUCUGAACGAAUGUUACAAGAGGAAAUUGUUUAUUUGACCAUUCGAAUUUGUUGAAAAUAAUAUUUAGUUUUAUCAAACGUUACGUUCGAAUCGGUUACGAAUAGUUUUUCUCUAUCGUUAUCUGUAAAUCUAUAUGCUUAUAUAUAUACGAAUAUACUAUAUUUAAAAUUUUAAAAAAACGAAAGAGGGAGAGACAAUAUCUAUAGAUUUGCAUGCAAAAUUUGCAAAACCGUGGCAAUAUUAAUGCGAGUAGGAGAAAUAUACGAGAUGAAAAAAAUGGGAGCGAAAAAGAAAAAAAAUCGAUGGUGGUACUAAAAAAACAUGGAAAAAUAGAGGGAGGUAAAAAGGCAGAAGAAAAACUAGGAAAGAUGCAUAAUAAUCUCACAGAAUCUGUUCGCGCCUCACGACUCUCUGUCGCAACGGUAUUCUAAACGUAGCCAAUCUUCGAUAUUGGCGCCCGCACAGUAACUCUUGUCCAAUUCUUAGAUCGUAUAUUACCGCGCCACCGACUUGCGCGGUGAUCGAGCGAAAAUAUCGGCUUUUUCGUACAUAGAAACUGUCCAUCCGUCACCCCUAAUCUCCCUUUGUUAUAGCGAGCUUGUGUGUUGAUCACCAAUCCGCACGUGCGUGCACACAUUUGUAUUGCCAUUCGUGCUUCGUUUGUAAGUCUGACUCAAGGCACGCAGAGCUUUGCCAUCGUAUGACGUAUGAGGGAAAAACGGUCAGAGUUUUACUGCAGAAAUGGAAGAUUCGUCGUGCACACUCUACGUCAGUUCUAGAUCGGAGAAAUUUUGUAAUUUUUGAAAAAAAAAAGCGUCGACUCAUUAUCCCUACUGAAAUGGAUGUUCUUUUUUUUUGUCACGGUUCGAGAGACAAUAAUUUUCAAAUUCUAUCUUCAACUGUUCUUCCUAAAGCUUACCUGAUAAUUGCUCCUCUAUUAAUAAUCCACUGACAAACAAAACAAGAUACUUUGCCAACGAUCGUUUCCACAUUGUGUCCAUUUCUGCAAUACACUUGAAACGAAAUUUAAUCGGAAAUUAAAUGUGAUCUCGAUUUUGUGCGAAGGAUGCUCGUUAUUCCCAUAUUUCGUUCGUUAUGAAAAUUUGCAAUAUUUUUUUGUUACACAACGAAUUCGACGUUGACGUCGAAUAUUUAAUAUUUUAUGGAACGUUGAAAAAGAGCCUCGUCGCUCUUCGUAUAGAUGAUCAUAUAAAUACAAAUAUAUCUAUAUUCAUGAAACAAAUAAAUAUAUAUAUAUAUGGCAUCGAGUUAAAUCGUAAAAAAUCUAGUCAGCUUGAUAAAAUUGUGUAGCUUUAAAAUAAUGGACUGUUCCUUCGUUACUGUUGAAUUCUAUUAGAAUAUAUUUUAUGUGUAACUAUACGGUUAGUCGAACGUAUAUUGAGCAUCGUAAAUGAUAUAUUCUACAAUCGUAACGUGCGUGGCGUGUGUUGACACCACGAAUCUAAGGAGAAAUAAAUUAAGGUUAUGUUUGAGAUAGCAUAGAACAAAACGUAUCGGCCGGAGCAGCUUUUGCAAGUUUGUCUCUCAUGCUCCAGCCGAUCGAAAUUUCACAUAUCGAGCGAGAACAAACAAGUUGUGAUCUCGCAUUUUUGCGACCAGGAAUAUCACACACAUAUCAGGCUGCGAAGCCAAAAACGUAAAGUGAUAAUAAUGCGAAUGUCAGAUAAGAGCACGAAAAAACCAUGUGAUCGUUUUUUCCCCUGACGAUAAUUUCGAACUGUUUUCAACUAUCUGAAACGGUGUUAAUUUUAUUAUCAGAGAAAUUUCAAUCAAUCGCGACUGUAAACACUCUUUCGUUAAAUUUUCACGUACAUUAAAUAUCCAUGUCGUGCUCGAGUUUCGUGUGUAUUUCUAUAGAUGCUUUGAUGAUAUUUCGUUAAAUUUAACCAAUAAUAGGUGUUGGAAAACAGUAAAUGUGUCGUCAGUAAGGGAUCGAACGAGUGGUAUUAUUCGUUUUUAAUGAAUCGUUGUAAUAAAUCUUAUGAGUUUGAAUAAAAAAGGAAACAAAAUAUGUAAAAGUGACGGCUAAAUAUAGCGACGAAUAUAUCAUCACAAA